UGCGCUGUGAGGGUUGGCGCCUUUAGCUCAGCUCCCUCUAGCGCCGCCAUGUUUGUUUAAAGGUCUCCUUAAGAGAGCCGCUUCGUCUAAGGCGGGGAUCUUGCAAGGGGCCCUUGACCUUCCUAAGUGAAUCUUCCUCCCUCUCGCCUUUCAAGGACAUGUUUACUCUUGGAUCUCCUUUCCUGCAACAUUAUUAGACAUGUGUGAACCUAUUGGCAUGACAGUUGGCAAGCCUUAUGGAAAGUGGGGACAGGAGACAUUUUUGUGGCCUCUGUGAUUCACACACAUGGGUUAACCUGCGCCUGUGUACUGCAUCCUUCGGGAUCUUCUAGAGUGAUAUCUAAGCAUUUUAGUGGUAGCUCUGUCCAUCUCCAGCGGCCCUAUAUAGGAGCCUUCCUACCUGACCUGCUGGUUCAUUUUCCACUGUUGUGGCAUCAUCAGAAGGAACUGUGUUCUUCAGUCUAUAUUCUGCAGAGUCCAGGGGCCCGUACCCUUAAAGCUCCUUGACGAGUUAGAGUUAGAGAUGGAGUUGGUAACCAAACCACGCAAACAUAAUAAUAAAUAUGCCAAAGAGAAAAACCAUUGCCAUUCUCAGGCUUCUACCUCCAAGACUUCCUCACAACUGACUUCCAAGACGGCUCGGCUGCAGGGAUCAUCCCCUGCUCGAUCUGAGGUGAUUGGGUCUGCCUCUCAGGGAGAUACUACUGUUCAAGUCCCAGAGACCCCACAAGGCUCAGCAGGCAGCGUAGAGAUUGUUUCUGCUACUCAGCAACCGCAAACAGAAAAGUUUUCUGAGGGCAAGAUCCUGGAGUCUCCUCCAAUUGCGAGAGUCUCAGUGACACCACUUUCUGCUCAGCCACCCACUUUAGAGAUGCUUUCUACUAAACCAUUACCUCCUCUGCCCUCUCCACAUCGGCGAUCAUCUCGGUCUCGAUCUAGAUCUCGCUCUGAUUCCACUGACUCUGACUUCUCAAGCUAUCACUCUAGGAGAUCUCACCGGUAUCAACAUCCUCAGUACUAUGGACAGCAUUCUCAUAGACGCCAUGACCAUCAUAACUGGAGAUAUUUUAGGUCCAGCUCCACUGGGUCAUCAUAUUCCUGUUACGAAAGUUCUCCAGGCGACAAUGAUCGCGAUUAUGAUUGGGAUCAUACUCACCACUAUCAGAAUGAGGCUUGGCCACAGUAUCUUCGGGGCCGGAACCACUCUCGAACCUACUACCAGGAAUGUCCUUUGGAGGCUGCACCUCCCCUGCCUACAGUUCACCAUACUGAGGCUCCUUUGCAGGAGAUCUCAUCGUUGACACAUGCAGAGCCUGUCCUGCCUGGAACUGAGCCUGUUCAGUUAGUUCAUGAGCAACCGUCGCAAAUUGCUCCAUCCUCUCAGGUUGAGCUGCCAGCUGCAUCUCCCGGGGGGCAGCCUUCAGCCUCUGCCACCUUGUCUUCUGAUUCUGGAUCUGACUCGGUCAGCAUUCCAAUGCUGUUGGAAGAGGUGGAUUUUUCCUCUCCUUUUGAUGAUGUGAAGGCAUUCAGGGGUCAGGUGGUGAGAAUGGCAAAGUCACUAGGUUUGGGUGUGAUGCAGCCACAAGAACGAAUUGAUGAUCCAGUUUACCGCUUUCUCCAGACUCGGACUACUGUUCUGCCCACCCUGCCCAUGCUCCCGACCCUUUUAGAUGUCAUCCACAAAUCUUGGGAGACUCCUUCUACAAUACCUUCCACAUCUAAGAGGACUGAAGCCCUUUACAGGGUACAGGACGCUGAUAUGCCUUGGCUCAGCCAACACCCAAAGCCAAACUCACUAGUUGUGGAGGCAGCACUUUCCGACAGGUCAUACGGACUACAUUCAAAACCAGCUGACAAAGAGGGGAAAAAGUUGGACUCAAUGGGCAAAAAGUUAUACUCCUCUGCAGCCCUCAUUUGUAAAAUAUCCAACUAUGAUGCGUGUAUGAGCGCAUAUCAAUACAAGCUCUGGGAGAAUCUAACGCCCUUCCUCAACAUGUUGGGAGAGGAGAAUCGUAGAGUAGCGUCAUUGCUCCAAUCUGAGGGUCUUAAACUGGCUAAGCAGCAGAUUUUGACCUCCCGUCAUAUAGCAGACUGUGGUGCCAAUAUGCUGACUGGGGCUGUAUCACUACGAAGGCAUGCGUGGCUACAGAACUCUGGACUUUCUGAUCGGGCGCGUUGGUUGAUCGAAGACUUGCCCUUUGAUGGUGUGGGACUGUUCAACGCUGAUACUGAUGCAAAAUUGGAACAUUUGCACAAGAUGCUCUCCAUUCUCAAGAGAUUGAGUUCAGCCCCUUGAAAUAGCUGAGCUCUAAAUCCAGAUCUGCAUGGUACAGGUAUGAUUUGACCUCAGACCUUACCUGCAGUUCCUCUGAAACUCAAUAUCAUCAUACCACUCUGCUGCCUCCCUCUACUGGGCAGAAAUCGAAUGCUCCUGCCCCCACGUUCAAUUCUGCCCACUUCACAAAGCACCAAAGUGUCUCUUCUAAACAUCUCCUUUGACUUUAUCUAGGACAACUGGCUGACUGUUACUAGGUUACUAGGUCACUAACAAGCUCAAGAAAAGCUAUCCUACUUGGGUCAGCUAUAUGUCAGAUCCAUGGGACCUCGACAUCGCAAGAGGUUACACCACUGAAUAUCGUCCUUCAGGCAUACUUUGUACUACAUUUGCCUCGGCCACUUAAGCAGAUGGACACUUUCUUGCAGAAAGAGGCAAUCCUUCUCAACAUCUGCUGUUUCUCUUCCCUAUCUUCUUUUGUAAUUUUUUUGUUCAAGGACUUAACUUGUGUUCCGAAGUUGGAAAUUGAAUGUCUAGGGAAAUUGUAGUGCUAUGUGUGUGGCUUUUGUAUGUUCCCAUUCCUAAUGACUGAUUUAUGUCCAUUAUCCUCUGAUGCAGAUACUGCCAUAUUUGCCCAGUGUAGAGUACUGAGGUCCUUGAACAACUACCAAGGAUUGGGAAGAGAAACAGCAGAAUUGGAAUAUAUAUACAAAUUUCAGCAUAGACAGUGAGUUGAAGAGAGACAUGUCUCCAUUCUGUUUCCCAGCCAGCAUCACAUUAUGUUGUAAUAACUCCCCCCACCAUUUAUAUGGUUAUCUACUUACCUUGGUGUUAGGCAACAUCCUUUCUCCUUCCUUUUUCCACCAUUGACCAUAGUUAAAACUGAACUUGUCACCUCAACACCCUACCUACAUUUCUCAUUUGCAUUUUUAAUGCCAUUCACACAUACACAGCCUACUUGCAUGAAUCUGAGGAAACAGACUUAAGUCUCAGAAGGCUUAUGCUAGCAACUUCUUCCUUUCUCUCAGAAGUGCUACAAGGUCCCUCUGCAUACUGACCUGGACUAACAUGUCUGUGUCUUUGAAUUCUAUAUAUAUAAAGUAUGUUGAACAGGAGGAA